AUGAAGUUUGCCAUGGCAGUCGAUUCAGCAGAAGAUAUUUCAUUUAGUAUCCAACAGAACAUUUUGAAUACGAUCGACGAUCUCGAUUCCAAGAUACGACUAAUCCCAGGUGAGGAGCUGGCUUAUCGCCCAAUGACUCCCCUUUUACUACUGGGAUUGAAAAUGGCCAAAAAUCAUCAGAAAGAAGUUUCAAUUGGGCCAUAUCAAUCAGCUCAAUCAGCUCGUUCAAUGGAUUCGAAUACAGUCAGAGUUUUUGGAAUCAGCAAGCCUGGUCAAAGUCAGAGUGUGAAGUUCACCAAUUUAAGCAUCGCACAAUAA